UGUGUGUGUCUAUGUGUGUGUGUGUGUCUGUAUUCCCCAGGAGUGGGAGGCAGUAAGUGGGUCGUGACCUUCUCCAGGAAGGACAUAUGCGUUUGGGCCGGAACCACGGUAACGCUCCCCUGUCACUAUGACUACCCGUCGGGCUACAACGUGAAGAAAGUGAUGUGGUUUCACAUCUCGGCGGAGGACCGGAGGGAGUAUGCCUACCAUGUGGAUCUGGGAGUGAUGAGCCCGUCCUACAGGGACCGGGUCCGGUACAUGGGGGGAUACAAGAGGUGCAGCCUGCAGAUCACAAACGUCAAGCUCAGCGAUGCGGGUCAGUACCACUUCAGGUUCGAAUCGGACUACCAGCACGGCCGGUGGACGUCACCCGAUGCUGUCACUCUGUCCGUCACAGAACUACAGGUCCAGGUCCACCCAGCCAGGGCAGGGAACAUGUUUGCUGAAGGUGAGACGGUUUACCUGAGCUGUGUGGCCAAAGGAUGUGCUGCUGCUGGGAAGAAUUUUGCUAUCCUCAGGAAUGGGGUCAGCUUGGGAUCGUCGGAGAAGUCUUCCACCAUCUACAACUUCAACAGCGAGCAUACCGGCACAUAUAACUGCCGACCGAUUCCCCCACAGAAUGUGCUUUCACCAGGGAUCAGCCUGGCUAUGGGAUACUCCCCCCGUUCCACCCAGGUUGAGAUCAGUCCCCCAGGGGGCGUGGCAGAGGGGGGGUCAGCGACCCUGACCUGCAGCAGCGACGGAGCCCCGGCGGUGGAGAGCUUCGCCUGGUUUAAAGACGGCGAGAGCGGGAGCCUGCCGGACAGCUUCAGGCCCCAGCUGCGCCUGUGGAGGCUGGAGUACUCAGACCACGGCGCAUACUUCUGUGUGGCGCGAAACUCACUGGGCACAGACCGGUCCAGACCCCUCCUGCUCAACAUCACCUGUAAGCCUCUGAGCCACUCCGACAAACACCACUAAUCAGUUAUGAAUGCAGUACAUGAUGUCAAUGACUUACUAGCUACCUGGUUUUAUUAUAAGGCCUUAGAUUAGGAAUAAGUGUAGUGUACCUAUCAUACUAUAACUAUACUAUACUAAUAAAAUAAAUAAUAUAUAAUAAUAUUGUUACUUGAUAUACUUGGCCAUAAGGGGAAGGUAAGUUUUAUGGCUGAGAUUAGUUAUGUAAUAAUAAGCAACUACAUGAGAUGUAUAUGGUAUUUAAAUGAGUACUUUGUAUAAAGUUAUUUUUUUAUAUCAAGGCUGCUCUUCAGAUAAUAACAGACAUUCUGGCACUCUUCUUUAAGGACAUGUUUACAUGUUGAUUAGUCUCUUGGUCUCUCUCUGGAAGAAGACAAGGUUUUGAACACAGAAUCACACAGGCUAGUCACUGUAGUGGCGGGACAGUAGGAGAUAUCCACAGGAAGUUAUUCUCCACUACUGUAUUUAUCUCAGUGCUUUUAAAAGCUAUCAUGUGGUUUGCAGAGUCAAACAAGAAUCCUUUAGUUUUUAAUGCGAAAUGUUA